GUGAAGCGGAACAGUGUUGCUCUCACAAGCGGUGGCGGGGGAUUUAAUUAAAAAAACACACAGGAAACAACCUCUGGAUUUCUAGAACAAUUAUUCUCCGACACAGAGGCUGAAAAAUCAUUUAUUUACAGCCACAGCAGGUUAAACAAUAAAUCCUGUUAGCAGACUGCUCGUUAAAUUAUUACAUCUGUGUAUAUUUAUUCCAAAAAUCACCCAACAAAGAUGUUGAUUAAAGUGAAGACUCUCACUGGCAAGGAGAUAGAGAUUGACAUAGAGCCCACAGAUAAGGUGGAGCGAAUUAAAGAAAGAGUGGAGGAGAAAGAGGGGAUCCCUCCCCAGCAACAGAGGUUGAUCUACAGUGGAAAACAGAUGAACGACGAGAAAACGGCCGCAGACUACAAGAUCCAGGGCGGCUCCGUCCUUCACCUGGUGCUCGCCCUCAGAGGAGGCCGCCCGCUCUGCUCCACGUUUUAACCUCUGGCGCAACAACAAGCUCAAACUGACACGACGCCUUCAAAGAUCACAGCGCUACUGGAAGCGGUCGCACAAUUACCUGGUGACACUGAAGGCACCACAGAGUCAUCGACUGAGUCGAACCAGUUUCUGCUUUCCAUCUCCAGCUCCUCACAGCCUUUCGUGUGUUUUGUUGCCAAAGCCGUGUGCGCAGAUGAUAAAUUCUUUAGCUUUGGAUUAACACUUGACUGAUUAGCUAUUAAGAAAAAAACCCACUAUUCAGUCGUCCUUUUGUCACUCUGUGCAAGUAAUGUUUGUGAUGGAGCAGAAGAUGUCUGCUACGCCUGAAAUUAAUGAGACGACUGUAAUUUAAAGCUGGAUAAGGGAUGUCAAUCCUUGUAGAGUUAGAUCGUCACAAAGUAUCGCACAGGGUUUGACUGAGCUCUUAUGAAGCAUUGAUGUAGCAGAGUAAGUGUGAGAAGACUAGCUUUAAUAACAGGACUAACCCUAGACUACACAGGAACCAUUGUUGGGUUUGGUUCAGCUUUUUUUUUUGUCUUUAUCCACUUCAGACAAUCUUAUUCUUGCUUUGUCUAGUUCUGUUUCAGAACAAAAAUACUCUGCAGAACACGUAUUUUUCUCUUAUAAUGGAGAAAAGGGCAAGUAAAGAACAUUACCAUGAUGGUCAAGAGUCGGCACGACUAUCAUGAACCUCAUGGCUUUUUUUUUUUUUUUUCCCACCUGCGUGACAGAUUGAUUUAACAAGUUCAUGGAUAAUUUGAACUUACUCCGAUUCAUGAAGAAGUAGUUUGUUUACUUUUCUUAUCGCUGUGUCAGCACCUGUAAUACCCUGUGCUUGUGUUCAGUGUCCUUUCAAACGUAUGACUUUGUGAAAUAAAACAGAUUCUGUGAAGG